UAAACUUAUGCUAUCUUUUUUUCUUCUAUAUAUAUAACCAUACAUUGUUCUUUGUAUCUGAAAACCGGUUAAUAAUGGCAGCUGGUAGCUCCAAAUGGUUUUCCAAUAAGAGUUUGAAGCUUAUAAGACUUCCUGGUCUGCGCUCAAAAUCCAGGUCCUCAACCUCAAGCUCUACAACAUCAUCUCCCCUUGUUUCACAAAAAAAAAGCUCCAAAGAAGAGCAGCUUCAGCAAGUAUUUCGCCACUUUGAUAGUAAUGGAGACGGACUGAUUUCAUGCGAGGAACUUCAAUCAUACUUCGAGUCUGUAGGUGAGUCCGUGUCUCAUGAUGAAGUUGAAAGGGUUAUCAAAGAUUUUGACGAUAAUUGCGACAACUUAUUAGAAUUUCAGGAAUUUGUCCGAUUAGUGGAAGGUAAUAAUAAGGAGGCAGAUGAUGAUGAUCUUAGAAGAGCUUUUCAGAUGUUUGAAGCUGACAAGGGAUCGGGGUGUAUUACACCAAGAGGAUUGCAACACAUGUUAAAUCGUUUAGGAGAUGUGAGAUCACAUGAAGACUGUGUUUCAAUGAUUCGCGUCUUUGAUCUUGAUGGCAAUGGAGUGCUUGAUUUCCAUGAAUUUCGCCAAAUGAUGGCUUCUCCUUAACAACUCAUUCUAGCGUCUUUAGUUCAAGAGUUUUAUGUUAAUCAAAUCAGUCUCUACCUAUUUUUAUUUUAACCAAUAUAUUUAACUAUUUAGGGUGUGUUUGGUUUAGGGAACAUAUAUUAUUGAGGAAAGAUAUAUUAAUCGAAAGGUGCGUUUGGUUCA